AUGGCUGACCAGCUGUUAUCCUAUGUCAUAUGCUUGGUAAUGGAUGUUCGGCAUGAUUGUCGCAUAGGUAGGCGGGACCCUGCUCGGUGCCUGACCAGGCAAGGACCGUCAAGCCCUACCACACAUAAAGACAUGUCAGUCAAGAGAAGGUCCCAGCAACCCUUAGCCUUUACCCCUGCAAGCCCUGACAGGCUAUGCAGGACGGCAAGAUGCCACAACACAUGA